CUCAUUUUCACAAUACUUGAACUAAAGUUUCUGAAUACACCAUUCAAACUAAGUACCUCUCUCUCCCUUUUAUAAAUAGAUAUAAAGACACCACAAGAAGAAACAAAUAUAGGAAAAAAAACUUUAGAGAGCAAUUAAGAGUAAGAGAAAUGUAUAGGUUCAGUAACACAGUGAUAGGGCUCUUAAACUUGUUAACACUUUUAGCAUCCAUACCAAUAAUUGGAGCAGGACUAUGGAUGGCAAGGAGCAGUACAACUUGUGCAAAUUUUCUCCAAACACCACUUCUUGUAAUAGGUUUUAUUGUACUUGUGAUAUCAUUAGCUGGUUUCAUUGGUGCUUGUUUUCAUGUUGCAUGUGCACUAUGGUUGUACUUGGUGAUUAUGUUAUUGCUAAUAGUAGCACUAUUAGGUUUGACUAUAUUUGGUUUUGGUGUGACUAGUAAAGGUGGUGGUGUAGAAGUGCCUGGUAGAUCUUAUAGUGAGUAUCAUCUUACAGAUUAUUCACCUUGGUUGAAGAAAAGAAUACAAGAUCCUCGUUAUUGGAAUACUAUAAAGAAUUGUAUUUUAGGGUCUAAAACUUGUGACAAACUUGCCUCUUGGACCCCUUUGGAUUACAUGCAGAAUGAUAUGUCUCCAAUACAGUCAGGAUGUUGUAAGCCACCAACUGCAUGCAAUUACAAUAUGGAAGCAGUGAUGAUGACACAAGACUCAGAUUGCUACAAAUGGAGCAAUGAACCAACAUUGCUAUGUUAUGAGUGUGAUUCAUGCAAAGCUGGUGUACUUGAAGACAUAAGAAGGAAUUGGCAUAAGCUAUCAGUUCUAACUGUCACAAUGCUUAUUUUGCUCAUAGGGAUUUAUUCAAUUGGAUGUUGUGCUUUUAGAAAUGCAAGAAGAGCUGAAACAGAUUAUCCAUAUGGUGAAAAUCGGAUGACCAAAGUUAGACCCAGAUGGGAUUACCAUUGUUGGAGAUGGUUGCAUGACAGGAAAGAACAGCUUUAUUAGCAGAUAUGCUCAACCAUCCAUGCUUGGGUUGGGUGGGUGCUCCAUGGAUUGUGACAUGACAAUUCACUAGUUCCACAGUGUAUGGUAUUGGACAUAAAACUGAAUGUCUCAAGGCCUUUGUUUCUUUCCAGCAUCAUCAGCUUCCUAGUAGUAGUAGUUUGGCUGCUUUUUUGUACAAAACUUAAUUUUGCUUUAUCUCAAAUAUCAUAUUCAUAGCAGACAAUUGCUUUAUUUUGCCUUAUCUCA